GUUCUUUUCGUUUUCACUGUAUUUUAUUUUAUCCGUGCAAGACUAUACAUAUGGCAAACGAGGUAGUCGACGAUUCACAACGAAGACAAUCUAUUGCAUCCGUUGCCACAUUAACAAGCCUACCUACUCGAAGUGUUGAAGUUGUAGCUGCUGCUUUAGACGGUACCCUUUCGAAACAAUCCUCUGCAUCCAAGCACAGCAACCAUGAUGCCAUAGGAACGAAAGAGAAAAUUGGCUCAAUUGCAGAUAACGACGAAGAACAAGAAGAAGAUCCGAUCCCUGAUGGUGGUUUAUCCGCUUGGCUUGUGAUUUUGGGUACUUUCUUUGUCCAGUUCACGGCAUUUGGCACUGCUUCCAGCUGGGGUGUCAUGCAAAACCAUUUUGAACAACAUGUCUUCAACCACGUACCAAAUGCCCAGCUCCAAUUGAGUUUUGCGGGUACGCUCAUGGAAGCGUGCGUCGAUAGUAUGGGGGUUGUUGUACAACUUCUUGCGAACAAACUCGGUAGCAAAACAGUGCUCGUCAUGGGCGCAUUUCUUAUGGUGCUAGGCCUUGAAAUGGCAGGAUUUACUACAGAGAUAUGGCAUUUGUAUCUCACGCAAGGUAUUCUAUUCGGUACUGGAGCCUCAUUCAUGUUUGUGAUUGCUAUGAAUGCAAGCCCACAAUGGUUUGAUAAACGGCGAGGCCUUGCUUUAGGCUUGGCAUCAUCUGGCAGCGGCGUAGGCGGUUUGGUGCUUCCGUUUAUCCUUACACCAUUGAAUAACUCUUUGGGCGUUGGCUGGGCUUAUCGCAUUUUAGGUUUUGUUAUCCUUGCUUGUGCCAUCAUUGCGUGCGUAUGUAUCAGAAACCGUCCCACCUCAUCUAACUCUUACGCCAAAAAGGAACCACAACGAAAAAUACGUGAAUUGUUCAACUUUGAAGUUCUAAAAGACCUCAAUUAUGUCUUAUGGGUUCUCGGAUCUAUGAUUGGCCUGAUGGGCUUUUUUGUGCCUUAUUUUUUCCUGCCAUCAUUUGCCAACUAUCUCGGCAUUUCAAGCACAGAUAGCUCAGUGAUUGUGUCUGUCAUGUCAGCAUCCAACUUCUGUGGCCGUAUUUUGAUUGGUGUUGUAGCGGAUCGUAUUGGUAGACUGAAUACAGAUAUUAUAUGCUUGCUAAUCACUGGUAUAAGCUGUUUGACACUCUGGAUGUUUGCAAAUUCCUAUGAAAUUCUUAUGGCAUUCGGUGUUGUCUUUGGCUUUUUCUGUGCCUCGUACUUUACUCUUCUUUCACCCAUUACUGCAACCAUUCUUGGUAUGAAGCGCUAUCCCACAGGUCUUUCCAUCUUGCUCCUGUCCAAUGUCGUGUCUGUUUUUGGACCCUCGAUCGCAUCUGCUGUCGAGAGUGCUGUAGAUGCUGAACCCUAUUUAACCUACAAAGUCUUCACUGGAGUGGUAUACAUCUUAGGUGGUCUUAUACUGUCGGUACUAAAGGUCAGAAUGACCAAGAGUGUCUUUGCUAAUAUCUAGGUCUAUAUAGUUUUAUUCAUUCAUGUGUCUGUAAUAAAAAAGUUUUACGCUGUAAAUAUAUUUCAGCGGGUGAAGUAGCAGCAAUACAAGUG